UCAAUUCUACCCGCUAGAUGGCAAGAUAUAUUUCCAGCAUGGCGACAGAUUUGUGAACACAUGUGUCCUGACUGUUCUGAAAAUCCACGAUUCAAGGAGUUUAAUUCAAGGAGCUGACCGAACCGGAGUUCUCGUCGCCGAAGCGCAUCGUCGUCCUCGCUGAUGCAACAGCACGCUGCACAAUCAAGAUUGCACCUCACAAGCGGAGAUAUUCAGCCCCGCGUUUGUUUACGCUCGUCGACGGAUAGCGUUUCAAUAGGUCUCUGACAGAUGCUGAUGAUUAUCCGACAGCGGAAGGAACGUUACCACGGAAAGAGGAAGAACUUAAAGCUAUUCGAUCGUUGGUUCUAACGACGGACGGGCGAACAUGUCACAGAAGGCGGACGGCAGGCCGAGUCUCUCGCAAAAGACGAGAGAGGAAAUCAAGGUUGAGCGCGAAGCGAAGAAGGCCGCCAAGGCUGCCGCUAAAGCGGCAAAGGGUAAAAGUGAUAGGGUGGACAGUGUCAAGAACGUGGCUCCAGUGGCCAGUUGUAAGAUCCCGGUGGGAGACGCGAAAGUGGACGUAGCAACGGAAAAAACUAAUAAAGUAGUGGAAACGGACGAUAUUAAAAGUAAGUCUGUGGCGGCUGGCUGUGAGACCCUAGAAGAAAGUGAAAGUAGCGACAAAAAAGCAAAGGUAGCGACAGACGUAGCAGGUUCGCAGCCUGAUAGAAAGGCCUCGAAGGUAGAGGCAAUUCAAUCUUCAAAUGUCGUUCAGAACGGCCCGGCCGAGGGCAAACUCGAUGGGAGGAGCAAGGCCGAGCUGCGCGCGGAGCGAAGAGCCAAGCAGGAGGCCCAGAGAGCUGCGAAGCAGCAACAGUCGUCGGCGAAGGACAGUGCGAAAAGCGAGGAAUCUCUCAAACCACCUGUAGAAACGGUAUCCAAAUGUUCGGCGAAGAAAAGUGUCGUGAAGAGUACAAUGAAGGAGAACGUGCACGAAGUUCAUUUGUUUCAACACUUGUAUCAGGAGAGGCAGCAGUCGUUGUUCAGCAUAGCCACGGUCAAUUCGAAUAUACACCCAGCGAUAGUCAGACUGGGUGUUCAGUACGCGAGUAAGAUUAUCGUCGGCAGCAACGCGAGGUGCGUCGCGCUUCUGGCCGCUAUCAAACGGGUAAUCCGGGAUUUCGUGAAGCCGCCGCAGGAAGAUUUCACCCGCGGUCUCGAGGCGUACUUGAAGGAAUCGCUCAAGUAUCUGCAUCAUUGCAGACCAUUGGGCGUCUCGAUGCGGAAUGCCGUGCGUCACAUCCAGUGGCAGAUGACACAGUUUUCGACCACGUUGUCGGACGAAGAGGCAAAAAUUAAGCUACUAGGAAUAAUAAAGACUUAUAUCGAAGAACAAAUUAAACUGGCUGAUGACGCAAUAUCGGUAACGAUACAGAGCAAAAUAUCGGAUGGAAAUGUUAUUUUAACAUACGGCUAUUCAUCCUUAAUUCACAAGAUAUUAGUGGAGGCACAUGCUGCAGGGAAGCAAUUUCGCGUGAUCGUAGUUGAUGGUAGACCGUGGCUGGAAGGGAAGGAACAAUUGAGGCGUUUAGCAAAACACGGAAUUGACUGCUCGUAUAUACUGAUCAAUGCUCUCAGCUUCAUUAUGCCAGAGGUUAGUAAAGUUUUUCUAGGUGCUCACGCGAUAUUAGCUAAUGGAGCAGUAAUGUCGAGAGUUGGAACCGCACAGGUUGCUCUAAUAGCGAAAGCCUUCAAUGUUCCUGUUUUAGUAGCAUGCGAAACACACAAAUCGUGUGAACGAGUGCAGACCGAUUCCAUCGUUCAUAAUGAAUUAGGUAACGCAGACGAACUCGUGAAUCAUCAACCGAACGGUAAAAGGUCUCUACUCUCAAAUUGGCGAACGAAGAAAUCGUUGAAUCUUUUGAACAUCACUUACGACGUGACGCCGGCCGAUCUUGUGACGGCCGUUGUCACGGAAUUGGCGAUUCUGCCAUGCACUAGUGUUCCUGUGAUUUUACGGAUUAAACCUUCCGAGAUUUAAAUAUGUACGUUUUCUCGAGAAAAGAUUUAAACGAAAAACUGACCAACGCGUCUAAAAAAAAAAGACAAAUGACAAGGAAUUACUGAAUAUUGAGUACAAUAUUUUGAUGUAAAUACACGUGCGGAUUAUUGUACUUUCUAUUUGACCAUUUCACACAAACGAAGAAACUGUAUUAAUCGAAUAUAGUACGAGAUUAAUAUCGAUUAAUACAUUGCUGUGUAUAAGAUCGUUGAAAUAAAUUUUCUUAAACUGUGGUAUGGAGACAUAAUAAAUUUUACUUAGAGACUCUUGCCGAUACUUACUAAGUUUUCUAACAACAAUUAAUAUCAAUUAACGUUUUAUAUAUCUAAUGUGUAUUAUAAUUUGCUAUUUAAUACAGGGCAAAUGCAAUGCCAGCUGGUAUGAAUUGUAAGAAAUAAAACAUCAUUUCUGAUAAGA